UCAAUCCUUAUCUUAAAUCAGACGGCAAAUAACUUCCAGCCACUCUCAGGUACUAACUACAGACCGGGGCCAUUUCAUUUAUCAAAAUAAAAACCACAAAACCAAAACCACACUCUUCUACACACCUCUCUCUCUCUCUCUCUGUCUUUCAAUCUGCGAAUUGCUUGGGAAAAUAAUCCAAUUGCAAUGGCGACAAGGAUAGCUACAAGAUUUGUGUCUCGAAGGUUUUCCAGUAGUGGCAAAGUGCUUAGCGAGGAGGAAAAAGCUGCAGAAAAUAUUUACAUUAAGAAAGUCGAGCAAGAGAAAUUGGAGAAGCUUGCGCGGAAGGGCCCUAAACCAGAAGAAAAACCUGCCACAAGCUCAGGAGGAUCAGCCACAGAUGCCAAACCAACCAGCUCAUCCUCAGCAUCUGGAGCAUCAACUGAAAAAGUAUCCACUGACAAGUACCGGAACUAUGCAGUUCUAGCUGGUACUAUCACGGUUUUCGCUUCUCUUGGAUGGUACCUUAAAGGUACUGCAAAGAAGCCAGAAGUCCAGGACUGAGGUUACUGUGCUUUGACAUGAACAGUUAAAAAAGAUGAUAAGUAGUUUUCUUUACACUACUGGAUCUUUGGCAAGAGUUUAAUAAAGAUACAUCAACUUCACUGUGCCCCCUCUCUGUAUUUGUUGCAUCAGAUUAUAACUGCGUUUUAUGUGCUUUUAUAAUUCUUGAGUUUGGCACGGGUUCAUGGUGACCCUGUUUCGGAGAA